AUGUCUUCCUCACCUGAGUCAAACCGUAGCUCUUCAUGUGACUCAUCCCAAGAUGUGACCUGGUUAGGCUCAGCCCAUGCGACCGGCUUUUUGCCUCAAGAAAUGCUUCGAUACUUGAAGCAUUUGGACGAACUUCCACAACGUGACACCUCACCCGAAAUUCAACAAACUCCUGAAGGACAGGAACACGUCGAUCCUCGCCUUCGUGCGAACCGCCCAGAUGAUGAUCCACGAAGUUCACCCACUCUGGCUCGAGUUGCGAAUCUGAGUCCUCGAGCCCAGCGGGAAUUACAACAAUUGGCUGAAUACAAUCGCCAUCGCCAUUCAAGACAGGCUAUACGCCACAUUAUCAAGAUAAUUCAAGAUAAGCGUAGAGAUGAUUUCCGUCUACUACGUGAAGCUCUUCAGCAGGUCCACAACUAUCACGGACGCUACCUGCAGGCUCCAGGCCAAAAGGCAGCUGCAGGUGCCUUGUUACGUGCCGGUGGGCUCGCGAAAGAAUUUGUUGAACUCUUCGAUAACGAAGCGAAGUGGCUAUGGCUUCAAAUGAGGGUUGAUGCCCUUUAUAAGUCAUUAGUGGAUGACUCUCUUACUACUACUACGUUUCUAUUUGCUCUCUCUCUCUCUUACUUACUUACUUACUUACUUACUUACUAUGCCAUUUCUAUGCUCUGUAUAUUUUGA